AUGCCGAAGAUAGAUAUUCGCAGACUUACUGAUGUAGUUGAUGAUCUUCCUCUCCUCUCCAUAAAAACGAAAAGCAUCGACAUUCGCAACCAGGACCCUAAAUGGAUGAAACUGGCAUUUUUGGCCAACUGCUGCAUACCGAAGAAGGGUCAUUUAAAAAGUCAUUUAAAUAUCUUCCGUGCCCACCAUGGGUACUGCUGCGCUUCCGCAUCGGUUCUAGAAAGAGGGGUUAUUGAAGAUGAUGCUUCAUUUUAG